UCCCCUCCCCCUCGGCCUGCCCCUGCCCCCUCCCCCAGGCCCAGCGCGGGCGCCCGGCGCGUCCCGACCCGCCGCCAGUUUAGGAUCCAAAGCUUCUCUACUCGUUUUGUUCUUUCCUUUUCUUUUUUUUAAAAAAGAGGGGGGAAAUCCCGGUGGUGGGCAGCCUGGCACGCACACACCCGCCCUCACACCCCGACAAAAGCAGAUGCACUUUGACUUCUGACAGCUCUACCUCAAGCCCGUGAGAACUCAGCGGCGCUUCCCCCCCCAAGCCGAGCUCGCCGCGUCUUCCUCUUCUUCUCCGCCUCCGUUUUAUUUAUUUCCGUUCCCGCCGCCGUUCUCGGUGACCUUCACUCCUCCGCGAGCUCUGGGCAGAAGAGUCGCUUUCUCGUCCGCCUGAGACUCCUUUUCCUCGCCUGGAGAGCUGAGGUGAAGCUGCUCCGCCACGGGACCCUGGACUCCCGGGCUGCACACUCCACUGAGUUGUCCCCCAUCCCCCAGCAGCCUCGUCCCACCCCCCCCCCCCCUUUUGAUUUUCUGGCGCGGAUUUUGGCUUGCACCGCCGAGAGUGUCUCCUCUUUUUGGAGGGGCUGGGGAGCUCCUGCCGGUCGUCUUCCGGAGUCUUACCCUCGGGUCUACUUGCCCCUCUCUCUCCGGGCCUCACCAGACCAAACCAAAGACCAUGGUGCACUGUGCCGGCUGCAAAAGGCCCAUCCUGGACCGCUUCCUCUUGAAUGUGCUGGACAGGGCCUGGCACGUCAAGUGCGUCCAGUGCUGUGAAUGUAAAUGCAACCUGACCGAGAAGUGCUUCUCCCGAGAAGGCAAGCUCUACUGCAAGAACGACUUCUUCCGGUGUUUCGGUACCAAAUGCGCUGGCUGCGCGCAGGGCAUCUCCCCUAGCGACCUGGUGCGGAGAGCGCGGAGCAAAGUGUUUCACCUGAACUGCUUCACCUGCAUGAUGUGUAACAAGCAGCUCUCCACCGGCGAGGAGCUCUACAUUAUCGACGAGAACAAGUUCGUGUGCAAAGAGGAUUACCUAAGUAACAGCAGUGUCGCCAAAGAGAACAGCCUCCAUUCGGCCACCACGGGCAGUGACCCCAGUUUGUCUCCGGAUUCCCAAGACCCGUCGCAGGACGACGCCAAGGACUCGGAGAGCGCCAACGUGUCGGACAAGGAAGGGGGUAGCAACGAGAAUGACGACCAGAACCUGGGCGCCAAGCGGCGGGGGCCGCGCACCACGAUCAAAGCCAAGCAGCUGGAGACGCUGAAGGCCGCCUUCGCUGCUACACCCAAGCCCACGCGCCACAUCCGCGAGCAGCUGGCGCAGGAGACUGGCCUCAACAUGCGCGUCAUCCAGGUCUGGUUCCAGAACCGGCGCUCCAAGGAACGCAGGAUGAAGCAGCUGAGCGCGCUGGGCGCCCGGCGCCACGCCUUCUUCCGCAGUCCGCGCCGGAUGCGGCCGCUCGUGGACCGCCUGGAGCCGGGCGAGCUCAUCCCCAACGGCCCCUUCUCCUUCUACGGAGAUUACCAGAGCGAGUACUACGGCCCCGGGGGUAACUACGACUUCUUCCCGCAAGGCCCCCCGUCCUCGCAGGCCCAGACACCAGUGGACCUGCCCUUCGUGCCGUCGUCCGGGCCGUCCGGGACUCCCCUGGGUGGCCUGGAGCACCCGCUGCCGGGCCACCACCCGUCGAGCGAGGCGCAGCGGUUCACUGACAUCCUGGCGCAUCCUCCCGGGGACUCGCCCAGCCCCGAGCCCAGCCUGCCCGGGCCUCUGCACUCCAUGUCGGCUGAGGUCUUUGGGCCCAGCCCGCCCUUCUCGUCGCUGUCGGUCAACGGCGGCGCAAGUUACGGGAACCACCUGUCCCACCCCCCCGAAAUGAACGAGGCGGCCGUGUGGUAGCGGGGCCUCGCACGGUCCGCGGAGUUCGUGGUUGUACAGAAAUGAACCUUUAUUUAAGAAAAAUAGAAAAAAGAAAAAACGUAAAAAGCAAGCCCACCCCUCCUUCCUCCAGCCUCGGGGACCAUUCUCCGUCUGGGGAGACCGGAUGGGAAAGGGGGACACGAACUAGGAUCCAAAUCCUCUUCGAGGUGGGACUGGGAUCCACACACUGGCUGGCAAGGUGCAGAACUGGGGCUCUCGAAGGGAACUGCAGACCUCCCCCCCCCCACCUCCCACCUGGAUCCGGACCCGUGGACAGACCCCGCGGGCGCUUGCGCCUGGCGGGUGGAGAAGAGAUCCUCGGCAGCCGCAGGCGCGCACAGCCGUUGGUGGUGAUGCCAGGAGCCGUGGGGAGGGAGGCGGAAGCCGCUGGGGCGCUCCCGGGCCAGCCUGGAGGGUUCUGGCUCUGGGAUAUCUCUAAGUGUUGUCUCAGAGUUCGGCAACAGUGACAACAAACUCUUAUAGCUUCAGACACGCCGACCUGCUGUGCAUCAGGUGGGACUAUAUAUAUAUAUUUUUUGUCUAUCUGGGUUUUUGUUUUUUGUUUUUGCCAAAAUUGCAAAAUUCUAAAUGUAAAGCCCUCAGUAUCAACUCUUCUACCUUCACAAAGUUCUACACACGCAAAGAUACACACACAGACACACUGGAUAGGAUGGUCUCCGGCUGGACCUCUCAGUAAAAUGACUUGAACAUCAGUUAUACAAGAAAAGUAUUCUACCUUCACACACAAGAAGUUAAAAGAAAAAAAGACUAUUGAGCUAAAAACAGUCAACUGUUUACGUAUAAUGUUAAAUUCAGGAGUUCAGUGUUUUACUAAUAUAUCCUGUUUUGAAACCUCUUGUUCAAAAACAAAAUGUUUUGAACAAUCAACCAAAAUUGCUCCUUUUCUUUUCCUGUAGAUAUUCUGACAGAUUUGCAGGGCUUGCGGCUCACUGUGCUAGUAUGUAAAAGGUGUUGUUUACACGAGGCAAAGAGAAAACAUGAUAUUCAGACAGUUGCCAAAUAGAAUAAUUAUAGCACAAAUACUGUAAAGGUGCCUGGCACCAGAAACCUGAGGAAGUGUUUUAAAAAAAAAAAAAGUGUUACAAGGUUUAAAAAAACAUCUUUGCUAAUUUUUAGUCCUGUUGAACAUUCAUGGAAUUGUUAAUAUGACUUAUAUAGACCCACACAGGUUUUAUUUUUGUGUCUUUAAAAUAAAAGUCCAAAAUAUUUAAAUUUUAUGGUCAAAUAUGCAGUCAACAGCUGCUACUUUUUUCUUUAUAUAUUAAAUUUCUCAUAUGUCUUUUAUUGUUCUAAUAAACCUAAGCUUGUGUGACCUCCAGUGCAUAUUAGACCAUUCACUGUAUGAAAGAAAACAUGUUGAAUAAAUUUGUGAGUUUUUAAUAAAAAUAGAAAAUCUGAUGUUUA